CUGCAGUCACAUACAUAUCAAUCGGAUCGAAUCCUCGCACUCCACUGCUACUGAUCUAUAUACUACUACUGCUCUUUCUCUCGCAUCAUGCCGCGGUUUUCGAAUCUGUCGAUAGGUUUUUUCCGGUUGGUUCAAAGGGUUUGGGGAUGUCGGAUCGGCAGCAGUCGGAGGAGCCGGAGGAGCAGCUGGACCUGGAGGGGGACGACGACGUCAUGGACGACGACGACGGGUACCGCCGCCGCCGUGACGACUCGGAGGAGCCCGAGGAGGAUGACCAUGAGGAGCGGCAGGCCGAGGGCGAUGGUGACGGCGACGUCGACGGGGAGGAUGACGCAGGGAUGGGGGCUGAGGGCGAGGAGCCAGCCGCAGGAGGAGGAGGUGGCGACGACGUGGAUAAGGGGGCAACUGAUGGGCCCGAGGACGAGGAGGAGAAGAAGAAGUGGGAGGAGCUGCUCGCGCUGCCGCCGCAUGGGUCCGAGGUGUUCAUUGGUGGCCUUCCCCGUGACAUCACCGAGGAGGACCUCCGUGAGAUGUGCGAGCCACUGGGAGAAAUCUAUGAGGUGAGGUUGACGAAGGAUAAGGACACAAAGGAGAACAAGGGAUUCGCCUUUGUCACAUUCACCGAUAAGGACGCGGCACAGCGUGCUAUCGAGGAUGUGCAAGACAGGGAAUACAAGGGGAGGACUUUGCGGUGCUCAUUGUCACAGGCAAAGCACAGGCUAUUUGUUGGGAAUGUGCCCAAGGGGCUGAGUGAGGAGGAGCUGAGAAACAUAAUCCAGGGCAAGGGGCCAGGUGUUGUGAACAUUGAGAUGUUCAAGGAUCAGCACGACCCAAGCCGUAACCGUGGGUUCCUCUUUGUUGAGUAUUAUAACCAUGCCUGCGCAGACUAUGCCCGGCAGAAAUUGUCAUCACCAAACUUCAAGGUUGAUGGAAGCCAAUUGACUGUCAGCUGGGCUGAACCCAAGGGUUCAACAGAUCCUUCAUCUGCUGCUGCUCAGGUCAAGACUAUAUAUGUGAAGAACCUACCUGAAAAUGCUUCUAAGGAGAAGGUUAAGGAACUGUUCGAGAAACAUGGAGAGGUCACAAAAAUCGUUUUGCCACCUGCCAAGGCUGGGCAUAAGAGGGAUUUUGGGUUUGUUCAUUUUGCUGAAAGAUCAAGCGCACUGAAGGCAGUUAAAGGAAGCGAAAAAUAUGAAAUUGAUGGUCAAGUGCUGGAAGUAUCCAUGGCCAAACCUUUGGCAGAUAAGAAACCUGAUCAUUCACACAGGCCUGGAGGAGGUCCUAAUUAUCCUCUUCCUCCUUAUGGUGGUGGCUACAUGGGAGAUCCUUAUGGUGCUUAUGGUGGCGGUCCUGCAUACAACCAGCCCAUGAUAUAUGGUAGGGGACCAGCACCAGCUGGAAUGAGGAUGGUACCAAUGGUUCUUCCUGAUGGUCGUCUUGGCUAUGUUCUGCAACAACCUGGUGGAAUGCCCCCUCCACCCCCACCUCGGAGGGGUGACCGAAGGGAUGGUGCCAGAGGCGGUGAAGGGAGCCAUAGUCGGCGAUACCGCCCUUACUAGCUUUUCCUGUGCCUUGUGCUCUUCAUCCAGUAUAAGAUCUAGCUGAGACUUGUACCAUCUUUUUUUUUUUUUGCUUCCCGGUAAUUUGUUUAUUAUGCAAUGUUUGUCACCUGAAACUGCGUGAUCGCAUUGUAUCUCAUCCUGCCUCCUGGCACCUGUAGCCGUAAACCGGUAAACCGAGACGCGGAUUAUAUGUGGACAUCGGGUUGUAGCUUUGUUACCCUUUAUUCGAGAGAAUGCAUGUGUUAUGCUUCUCUUCUAACUGCAACCAA